UGGUCCGCGGGGAUCUCAUCAUCACUUUAAAACGCACGAGAGACUUGGCACAAAAGAAGCCGCUCGCAGGCGAGCACGGGGACUGUCUCUUAUUACAUCAGGGGGUAAACACACGUUGUACCUGGCGCUCCGUCUCGGAAGACGCACUUAAAAAGUCGGGGGGCAAAAAAAAAAAGAUGGAAUUCGAGUUGUAGAAGAUAAAACUCUCAGUUGCGCCUGCUGCAGGAAGUGGUCCAGUGAUGUGGAUGCAGCCAUUACGCACUGGAACGGUUUCGUGGUGAGACUGUGCGCCUACCAACUGGGGUCGUGUGCGUAUUUGCAGAUAACUCGGGAAACAUGAACGUCUCCUUCUUCGACGUGACCCAGGGCGCACUGUUUAACGGGAGUCAGACCCUCCUCGCAGGAACCCUGGCUACAUACUCCGGCAACGACACCGACAACGUGGUGACCGGCGACGGCGGAGGCUCCCUCGUGCUGCUGCAAGACGAGCGCAAACUGUUUGUCAUGCGUGUGGUGCAAAUCGCGGUACUGUGUGUGCUCUCGCUCACCGUUAUGUUCGGGAUAUUUUUCCUCGGGUGCAACCUGAUGAUCAAGUCGGAGAGCAUGAUUAACUUCCUGGUGAAGGACCGUAGACCCUCCAAAGACGUGGAGACGGUCAUGAUCGGGCUUAGCUAGAACAGGAGGACCAGGAACAGUGGACAGCUGGAGCGGGGAUCCGGUACGAGGAAAUGGAGCGCUUUUCCAACCGCAGGUCAAGAUCUGCAUCUGCAUGUAUACUUCAUAGACGUUCUAUCUGUGCCCUCGUGAGGAAAGAUAUGCAAAAACUUCACAUUUGCUUCCGAAAGUGACCACAGAAAAGCGGUCCUGCGACCAAUGUCUGUGCGUAAAGUUUGUGCGUAAAAGCCGGGCAAUUGUUUACACGUGGGCCGAUCUGUUGAAUCUUUGGAGUGAAUUUAAUAUUGCCAACUUGAACAAAGUGAUGAAAUGUUUACAAGAUGUUACCUCAUUGUGUGUGUGUGUGUGUGUGUGUGUGUGUGUGUACAUUUGAAAUGAGUGUUAAUGAAUGUUGUCAAAAGCAUGAUUGUGAAUUCCACGUGUCAGACGGUGUACUACGUGGACUUUAUGAAUAUGUGGGUAAUAUUUGAAGUAUUUUUCUUGGUCUCGUUUGGUAAAUAUAGUAUAAAUACAAAAAAAACUUGCACGUUUUUCAACGAACUCCGUCACAACUUUAUGGAGUAAUUGCUGGUUCCUUUUUGGCAUGCUCGCUAAAUGAUCUGUAAAGUGAUUUUUGGACCUGUUUUGCACUUUUGAAACCACUGAUGCUGCAUGAAUUAUUUUGUACCAAAAAUAGCUUUGAACUUGAAAAUUGCAUCAUGCAAUUAAAAAAAACACUGAAAUGACAACUUUAA